AGGUUUCGCACAUUCCAUGGCGGAUUUUGGGUUGGCCAGCAAUGGAACUACGGUCAUGUUCUCGUCCUGUGUUGAUGAUAGAUAUCCUCCUGAGAACAUAAUCGAUGGGAAUGACAGCACUUUCUGGAUCACAACGGGGCUAUAUCCACAGCAAUUUAUUCUACAAUUCGACGGCGAUAUCAAGAUCGACCGUAUCAAGACGAUCACAACGGAUGUAAGGAAACUCAAGUUGGAACGAUGCACAGAGAAAGCGCCGACGAGCUUCGAGGAGAUUCAUCAAGUGGAGUUAGCACACAAGGGAGGAAGAGUUCAAGUCGAGUCGAGUCAGAUCAGUGGCAGCCCGACUGCAUCCUUCUUGCGCGUCACGAUUGAGAGCGGGUGGGAUGACUUUGCUGCUGUGAGGCGGUUCACGAUAGAAGGGAGCAAGGCUUGACUUGUGCGAUAAAUGUUUGCCGUCCUGUCUUGUGACUGGCAUCUAAUGUAGAUUUUGUCAUUACCUCGAAGCAAUGUUAGUGAAAAUUUCUUGACGUUGGUCAAGUGCGAAUC